UAGCCACAGGAGAGACAUGGCUCAGGGUGUGGUCUGAGCAGGCCCAGGGCUUCUCACUGCCGUGGACAAAUGGACACGAGGGCCUGACGCAGCCUGCCUCUGUGAUCCUACAGAGUGACAUGCACCUUCUCCAGAAGCAGGAGCUGAAUAUAGCCCCAGAUCCUGUCAGAUGAGGCUGCGUGGGAACCUCCAGAUGAGCUGUACGUGAAGGCGCUAUGAACCUCACCAGCUGCCAUCUCACGGGUACCGACACCAAGUCUGUGGUGGACACUGCCCGUUGUGGGACUUCUUCAUGAAGAACUUCUGUGUCCUGCAUUCAACAACUGGAUGAACAUGGUCCCUCCCACAGCACGCCUGCCUGGAAGCUCCUCAUUGGUGUCUAAGGUGACAGGAUCCUGGGAAACCCUCGAGCUGGCUUCCAAUGACCGGUCCGUCGUUGAGGAAGAAGGCGCUUAUGAGUGCUUCAUGACUGGUAUUGAUCUCCUGGACAACGGCAACCUGAAUAUCAGCUACUUCCACAGAAAAGAUGGGAGGUACAUAAAUGGAUUCUACGUGGCAGAGAAGACUGACACCCCUGGACGCUACAUCUUUGAGUACCAUGGCAAAAACUAUCUGACUUUUGUGGCUGUUACUGAGAAAUUUACCAUCAUGGACUUGGAAAACCAGAGGGACGGAAAUCCCCUCAUCGUGGUGGAGCUCCAUGGCAGGACUCGGGAAGCAGGCAAGCUUGGGAUGGUGCACUAUAGGAGGCAAACAGCCAGAAGAGGCAUUUUACCAAGCAACAUUGUGGAUGUUUUCUUCAAACGCUAUGGCAGUUCCUGAGAUCAGCCACAGGGCAUCUGCCUUCCCCAGGUCCAGGUCUGUGCCACCCAAGAGUCAGCAUUGUCCAUGGCCUUCCUCUCUUGAUACUUUUGAUCAUCAACUCCUGAUUGUCUGUCAACUCCGACCCACCCUUCCCCAUGUAAUAAAUGAACUCAGCAUCUGCUCAUG